GCCAUCUCCACCUCCCCUUUCAGAGAAAAUGGCGGAAAACUUAAAGGAGGAAAUAAAACUGGAAAAUGUUGAGAUUAAAGAAGAGAUUGAGGAAGAAAUCCUCCCCUCCUCCUCUACUGUAGAAGAAACAUAUUCCAUAUUUAUGAAGGAAGAAGAUGUUAAAUUUGAAAUAUCUGAAACCAAAGAUCUCAAUGAGGAAGAUCCUUUUCGAUUGAUAAAGAGAAACAAGAAACUGAAGUUAGAAGAAAUGAAACAUCCGUGUGAUAAAUGUGAAUACAUAGCAACUACAGCAAGUUAUCUAAAAGGCCACAUUGAGAGUGUACAUAAGGAAGUGAGAUAUCCUUGUGAUAAAUGUGAAUACAUAGCAUUUACAGCAGGUAGUUUCAAAAAACAUAAAGAGAAUGAACAUGAAGGAGUAAGAUAUCCAUGUGAUAAAUGCGAGUACGCAGGAAAUUCAGCGGGUAAUCUUAAAAUACAUAAAGAGAUCAAACAUGAUGGAAUAAGAUAUCCCUGUACUAUAUGCGAAUAUUCUGCAAUUACAGGAACUGAACUCAGAAUUCAUAUUGAGAGUAAACACAUAGGCUUGAGAUAUCCUUGUGACAGAUGCGAGUACACCUCAACUAGAGUAAGUGAUCUUAAUAUGCAUAUUAAGAGAAAACACGAGGGAGUGAGAUAUCCCUGUGAUAAAUGUGAGUUCGCUGCUUCUUCGCCAAGAUAUCUUAGAUAUCAUAUUGACAAUAAACAUGAAGGAGUGAGUUAUCCGUGUUCUCAAUGUGACUUCACUUCACCGUUAGCAAGCCGUCUUAAAGCACAUAUUAAGAGUAAGCAUGAAGGAGUAAGCAUAAAAUAUUCAUGUGAUAUAUGUGAGUACACUGCAAUUUCACCAAGUGCUCUAAAAAUCCAUAUGGAGAGCAAACAUGAAGGAGUGAGAUACCCUUGUAAUGAAUGUGAGUACACGGCGCCAAGAUUAAAUGAUCUCAAGGAGCAUAUUAAAAGACAACAUAAUGGAGUGAGAUAUCCCUGUGAUAAAUGUGAACACACUUCAUCCACAAAAAGUAAUCUUAAAAUCCAUAUUGAGAGUAAGCAUCAAGGAGUGAAACAUCUUUGCACUAAAUGUGAGUUUGUUGCAACUACAGCUGGUAAUCUUAGAAGACAUAUUGUAAUUAAGCAUGAAGAAGUGAGAUAUCCAUGUGAUAAAUGUGAGUACGCUGCAACCACCAAAAGGUGUCUUAGAGUACAUAUUGAGAGCAUACAUGAAGGAGUAAGAUAUCCAUGCACUAAAUGUGAGUUUGUUGCAACUACAGCUGGUAAUCUUAGAAGACAUAUUGUGAUUAAGCAUGAUGAAGUGAGAUAUCCAUGUGAUAAAUGUGAGUACGCUGCAACCAACACAAAGUCACUUAGAGUACACAUUGAGAGCAAACAUGAAGGAGUUAGAUAUCCUUGUCUUGAAUGUGAAUAUAUCGCAACUUGUGUAAGUAACUUAAAAAGACAUGUUAAUAGUAAACAUGAAGUAGUUUGAUUUCCAUUUAAAAAAUUCGAUUAUACUGCAAUGCAUGUAAUUAAUGAUCUCACAUUGAAAGUAAACACAAAGAGUUAAGUAAUAAACUUAAACUAAGUGUGAGUUUUUAACAACUACAGAAAAUACUCUAAGAACAUAUGUUAAGAGUAAACAUGAAUAUUCAAGAUUUCCUUGUGAUAAAUGUGGAUACACUGUAGCAUUAAUAGAGGUCUUAAAAACAUAAAAGAGAAAUUGCAACGACUAAAAGUGAAAUAAUUUAUUGAAUUAAUAUUUAUUAAUCAAAUAACUGUAUGUUUUCUUGUUUGUAUGUUGUAUAUGUGGUGAAAUGAAGCCGAAAUUCGAAUGAUGUCAACCAAAUGUUUAAAUUGUACAUGAAAAUUCGUUUAAAGUGGGAAUUAGUUUGUAGAUCUUGUUAUUUCUAUUCAAGCGAACGUAUUUACAAAUUCACAUUCCUAGAAAUUGAACAUUUGUCCCAAAAAAAAUGUAAAUUUUCUUUAUCUAUUUACUGUUAAUUUGAAAAAUGUUCCUUAGCAGAAAAUCCAUCAAUGUCGUUAAUAUAAACGAGAAAUAUUUGUAGUAAUCCCAAUUUGUCCAAAUCGCUAUUUUUAAAUUUAAAUUCACUUUUAAAUUUUAUUAAGAUUUUUGAUCAAAUAAAUAG